AUGAACUUGUGCCCAAUCUGCUCAAAUCAGAGGAAUCAUCUUCUUCAUCGUUGUCGACUACUCUAUCUUUUGGAUCGAAAAAAAAAAAAUCAAAAAUCGUCCCUCGUGAUAAAACAUCGACGCGAAAAGGGACCGUCCCAGCAGGGGUAGAGUUAGCUAGUUGACAUUCAAAGUCUGAACAGACUAUAGCCAACAACACUUGGCUAGAAUUUAAAUCAACUUAAGGAGCGACGACGCACUUCUCGCCGCCGCCCCGAAUAUCGCGGACGCAGCCCACGAGAGCAGGACAGCUGAGGUCUUCUGA